AUGUCUUCAUACGAUAUUCAAGUAAAUGAUAAUGAUGAAAAUAUGCGACGAACAUCAUCACAAAGACGUCAAGUUAUUUCUCCAAAUUCUACGCGUGGACAAUUACAAACUGGACCAGAUCGAGCUAUUAAUAGUCGACAAGGUCAAUUAUAUACUAAUGGCGGUACUUUUUCUGCUUCAAAAACAGAUCUUGAACAUCAAGCACAUUUAUAUGAACAUUUAUCAAUGGAUUUGGGACAUUUAUUAAAUCGAACAGAUAUUAGUGAUUGUUUUCUCAAUGUUAGAGGUACUUUUAUGGCCGUUCAUAAAUGUAUUCUUGCUGCUCGUUCAAAUGCUUUUGCGGCUAUUAUUUCGGGUACUAUCAAUCGAUUGGGAGAGGAUGAAAGAAAUCAAAUUGAAGUCAUGACUGAUAAAGAUAAAUUAAUUUUGAAAAUUGAUAAAACAGAUCCAGAAAUAAUGAAACAUGUUAUUAUUUUUAUGUAUACGGGAAAAUGUGAAUUAGAUGAAAGCAAUGCUUAUGAUUUACUUGAUGCUGCUGGUCGAUAUGAUAUUAAAGAUUUGAAAGCUCAUACUGGUCGUUUUCUUUCAAGUCGUAUUGAUUCAAAUAAUGUUUUAUUGUUACUCAACGCAGCAUAUAGAUACAACAAUACAUUAAUAAAACACCGUUGUAUUGAAUAUUUUAUUAAUAAUGCUAAAGAAGUUAUGGAUAUACAUGAACCAUGGAAAAAAUUUGCUGAAGAACAACAACCAAUUGUUGCUGAACUUCUUCAUUGGCUUGUUAACAAAGAUCAUUUCUAUAGCUCAAAACCUCAACAUGAAUCGAAAUCCCAGUGGUAUUGA